AGCUACACAGUUCCAGUCACUUGUACUCAAGUCAAACUUACCAGCCAAGAUGAAAUCCUUCGUUUGCAUUGCUCUAGUCGCCGCCCUCUUCAGCGUUGCCUUGGCUAGCCCAGCUGGUAAUGCGGCUGCCACAUCUAGCGUCCAGGAAACCCAAGCCGAGCAGAAUCAGCAAGCUGCCUACGAUUUAACACGUUUCCGUAAAUCCGCUUAUGGUGCCGCUCCCAGCAUUCCAGCACCGCCUUGCCCCAAGAACUACCUGUUCAGCUGUCAACCUAACUUGGCUCCAGUUGCUUGCGCUUCUCCCGCCGCAGCUUCAUACGGCUCAACUGGUGCCUACUCAGCGCCCAUUCCCGCUUACGUCGCUCCUAUUCCUGCUGGCUAUGCUGGUAUGGGCUUCAACCCCAAUCAAUACUACCAAUAUUGAAAAGGAAAUGAUCUGGAAUGGCAUCGGAAUCCAAGUAGAGGACAAGCGAUAAAAAUGUGGAUGCGAAAGAGUAGCUAAAGCAGAUUUAUUACUUGUAUUUUUUAGGAGAUUGAUAAAUAUUAGUGAAAAA